UCUAUCUCGCUUAUUGGGUAAUAGGCUGCUUUGCAAUACGGACUCCGUAGGUACGGCUGACUGAGCUCGUCGGCUUGCAGAAGGGGCAGGUGGUAGGCAUCACCAACCCACCUCCACUUGGCAGUCAGCGCACCUCGUUAGAAAAUCCAGUUGAUUAUUUAUCUUCCAUAUAAUCGAUCCGGGCACGUUUAAGUUAAUUCAUGUAUUUAAGGUCAUUGCUGUAGACCGUGCUCUAAGAUGGAAAACGCCCACACUAAAACAGCAUCUGAAGUUUUAGAAAACUUCGGUGUGAACGAAAACACUGGACUGACCCUUGAACAAGUGAAAAUCAAUUUUGAGAAAUAUGGACCCAACGAGCUGCCAGCUGAGGAAGGCAAGUCUCUGUGGGAGCUGGUGGUUGAGCAGUUUGAGGACCUGCUGGUGAGGAUCCUGCUGCUGGCGGCAUGCGUCUCCUUCGUGUUGGCCCUUUUCGAGGAAGGAGAGGAGACCACUACAGCAUUCGUGGAGCCUAUCGUGAUCCUGCUGAUCUUGGUGGCCAAUGCAGUGAUUGGAGUCUGGCAGGAGCGGAAUGCGGAGAAUGCCAUCGAGGCUCUGAAGGAGUAUGAGCCGGAGAUGGGCAAGGUCUUCCGCAUGAACCGCAAGGCCGUGCAGAGGAUCAAAGCCCGCGAAUUCGUCCCUGGCGAUGUGGUGGAGGUGGCAGUUGGUGACAAGGUGCCAGCCGACAUCCGGAUCACCUCCAUCAAGUCCACCACGCUGAGAGUGGACCAGUCCAUCCUCACAGGGGAGUCCGUAUCGGUGAUCAAGCAUACGGACCCGGUGCCUGACCCCAGAGCCGUCAAUCAGGACAAGAAGAACAUGCUGUUCUCGGGGACCAACAUUGCGGCGGGUCGUGCCAUUGGCGUGGUGGUGUCCACCGGGGUCGCCACGGAGAUCGGUAAGAUCCGCAACCAGAUGGCCUCCACCGAGCAGGAGAAGACCCCACUGCAGCAGAAGCUGGACGAGUUCGGCCAGCAGCUCUCUAAGGUGAUUUCGCUGGUGUGCGUGGCCGUGUGGGUCAUCAACAUCGGCCACUUUGCUGACCCGGUGCACGGCGGCUCCUGGGUGCGCGGCGCCAUCUACUACUUCAAGAUCGCCGUGGCGCUGGCGGUGGCCGCUAUCCCCGAGGGCCUGCCCGCCGUCAUCACCACCUGCCUGGCGCUGGGCACUCGCCGCAUGGCCAAGAAGAACGCCAUCGUGCGCUCGCUGCCCUCCGUGGAGACGCUGGGCUGCACUUCAGUCAUCUGCUCCGACAAGACGGGCACCCUGACCACCAAUCAGAUGUCCGUGUGCAGGAUGUUUGUAGUGGACAAGGCUGAGGAUUCCAGCUGUUCCCUCCACGAGUUCUCCAUCACUGGCUCCACUUACGCUCCCGAAGGACAAGUGAUGAAGGGUAGUAAGGUGGUGCAGUGUGCAGACUAUGACGGCCUGGUGGAACUGGCUACGAUCUGCUCCAUGUGCAACGACUCCUCUCUGGAUUUCAAUGAGGCCAAAGGUGUAUAUGAGAAGGUGGGGGAGGCCACUGAGACAGCGCUGACUACCUUGGUGGAGAAGAUGAAUGUCUUCAAGACAGACGUGACUGGCCUCAGCAAGGUGGAGCGGGCAGGAGCCUGCAACUCGGUGAUCAGGCAGCUGAUGAAGAAGGAGUUCACCCUGGAGUUCUCUCGAGACCGCAAGUCCAUGUCCGUCUACUGCAACUCCACCAAGAGCGGCUCCCAGAGCAAGAUGUUUGUCAAGGGAGCCCCGGAGAGUGUGAUCGAGCGGUGCCAGUCGGUGCGCGUGGGCACGGCCAAGGUGCCCCUGACGCUGCCCCUGAAGGAGCAGCUGAUGGAGACCAUCCGUGAGUGGGGCGCCGGCCGCGACACGCUGCGCUGCCUGGCACUGGCCACCCGCGACUCGCCCCCGUACAAGGACGACAUGGACCUGGAGGAGGCCUCCAAGUUCUCCCAGUACGAGUCGGAGCUGACGUUCGUGGGCUGCGUGGGGAUGCUGGACCCCCCCAGGAAGGAGGUGAUCGGCUCCAUCAAGCUGUGCAACGACGCCGGCAUCCGCGUCAUCAUGAUCACGGGCGACAACAAGGGCACGGCGGUGGCCAUCUGCCGGCGCAUCGGCAUCUUCGGCGAGGACGAGGACGUGCACGGCAGGGCCUACACGGGCCGCGAGUUCGACGACCUGACGCCCGAGGCCCAGCGCGAGGCUGUAAAACGCGCCCGCUGCUUCGCCCGCGUGGAGCCUGCGCACAAGUCCAAGAUCGUCAGCUACCUGCAGUCCUUUGAUGAAAUUACUGCCAUGACUGGUGAUGGUGUAAAUGACGCUCCGGCUCUGAAGAAGGCUGAGAUCGGCAUCGCCAUGGGCAGUGGCACGGCGGUGGCCAAGUCGGCCUCCGAGAUGGUGCUCUCCGACGACAACUUCUCCACCAUCGUGGCCGCCGUGGAGGAGGGCAGGGCCAUCUACAACAACAUGAAGCAGUUCAUCCGCUACCUCAUCUCCUCAAACGUGGGAGAGGUUGUUUGUAUAUUCCUGACUGCCAUCCUGGGCCUGCCUGAGGCUCUGAUCCCGGUGCAGUUGUUGUGGGUGAACCUGGUGACUGAUGGCCUCCCUGCCACCGCCCUGGGCUUCAACCCCCCUGACCUGGACAUCAUGGACAAACCGCCCCGCAACCCCAAGGAGCCCCUCAUCUCUGGCUGGCUCUUCUUCAGAUACCUGGCCAUUGGAGGUUAUGUGGGUCUGGGCACCGUGGGAGCCGCUACCUGGUGGUAUCUGUUUGAUGACGAGGGUCCACAGGUCACCUUCUACCAGCUGAGACACUUCAUGCAGUGCACGGAGGACAACCCCAUGUUUCAGGGUAUUGACUGUGAGGUGUUUGAGUCGCGCUACCCCACCACCAUGGCCCUCUCUGUGCUCGUCACCAUUGAAAUGUUCAAUGCACUCAACAGCCUGUCCGAGAACCAGUCCCUCAUGCGGAUGCCUCCCUGGGUCAACAUCUGGCUCCUGGGGGCCAUCAUCCUCUCCCUCUCUCUGCACUUCCUCAUCCUCCAUGUGGAGCCACUCCCGCUCAUCUUCCAGGUGACUCCUCUGCGCCCCUGUCAGUGGGUGGUGGUGCUGAAGAUCUCUCUGCCAGUCAUCCUCUUGGACGAGGGCCUCAAGUACAUGUCCCGUCACCAUCUAGAGGGUGACGAGGAGGAUAGGUACAUGAAGAGUCGGCAGCUGAAAUUCUGAGUCAACCGUCUGCCAAUCCUCCAACAACCGAACGCCACCCUCUCCAACCCCCCACCUACCCCAGUCCUUAAGCCCCCAACGCCCUCCUCUCUCCUCCCUUCUCUAGCCACUUCUUCUCUCUCCUCCCUUCUCUAGCCACUUCUUCUCUCCAGCACAUCCCCCCCUUACUGCAUGUCUAGCCACCACUAGAGACGAGCAGGGCUGUGUGUGUGUGUGUGUGUGUGUGUGUUUGUGUGUGUGUGUGUGUGUGUGUGUG